AAAGGCAGUUGUGCAGGCAGAGUUCCCCUUGCCAGGAGGUAACCACACUCCCAUCCUACAAACCGCAAGAUCGCAACUAUCUGGGAUAACUGGGACCCAUGAGAGGGCAAACUCGCAGGAGCAGCGCGGAUGUUUGCUCGGGGACGCCACUUCUGCUCGACGGUCUGAAGCAGCGACUUUGUCCGGCUGAGAAGGGAGAAGGGGCUCGUGGGGGCUCGAGAUGCUGACGAUAAAGCUGCCCCAGCUCUUCCGCGUCCAUCAGAUGCCCCGGGUAUUCUGGGAAGAUGGGAUCAUAUCUGGGUACCGGCACCCUAAGAGCUCCGCCCUGGACUGCCUGCUCAGUUCCUUCCAAAUGACCAAUGAAACUGUGAAUAUCUGGACCCACUUCCUGCCCACCUGGUAUUUCCUUUGGAGGUUCCUGCUUCUCUCCCACACCCUGGACUUUUGGGGUCACUCCUAUAACUGGCCCCUACUGGUUUACAUGAUGCUGAUCUGCCUGUACCCCUUCACCUCCAGCUUUGCCCACACCUUCAGCAGCAUGUCCGCCCACGCCCGCCAUAUCUGCUACUUCCUGGACUACGGAGCGCUGAGCCUUUAUAGCCUGGGCUCCGCCUUCAUAUACAGCGCCUACAUCAUGCCCGACCGCUGGAUCAAUAGCGCCCUCCACCGCUACUUUGUGCCCAUUGCAGCGUUCAACACCUUCAUCUGCACAGGGCUGUCCUGCUACUCCCGGUUCCUGGAAGUGGAUCAGCCGCAGCUCAGUAAAGUCCUGCGCACCGUGGCGUUUGUGCACCCCUUCAUGUUUGACAAUAUCCCGCUGUUUUUCAGGUUGAUAUUUUGCUUCGGAGAAGACUGUAACUGGAAUGAGGCGGUCCGACUGCACUUCACCCACCUGUCCUUCGCUUUUCUCACUGGUUUCCUGUUCGCUUCGCAUUUGCCAGAACGCCUGGCGCCCGGGCGCUUUGACUACUUUGGCCACAGCCACCAACUGUUCCAUAUCUGUGCCGUGCUGGGCACUCACUUCCAGCUGGAGGCGGUGCUGUGUGACCGGGCCGCCCGGGAAGCCUGGCUGGCAGCGCACUCAGACGGGGACUCUCUGGCCGUCACCCUGGGGGUCGUGGCCACCGCUCUCAUAGGGAACCUCAUCCUUAUCUGUUUCUUCACGGCCACCUUGCUGUGGUCUCCGCGUGCCAACUCCAUCCUGCAGAACCACAGCCCCGGCGAUGCCCGGUUCAAGGAAUACUGAGGCGCCCUGAGAUGCCCCCGCGUGGGUUAUCCUGCCCCCGGGCCAGUGUCGGCCCAUACGGCUCUAGCCAAUAGGAGGGGCUAUACUGAGAGAGUGUCCCUCUGUCCGGCCAACGGUCUUACCUUGGGGAACAGCCUGAGCCUGAGCUUGGCCAACAAUAGCACUUGUGAUCUUGUGUAUAGUAGUACUGAGUAUGUUCUACUGAGGGCCCCAAGCACUUUGCCACCUUGCAGGGAAUCAUGGGUAAUUAGGUUCUGACUCUAGGGGAACCUCCCCCCAGUACUUACCCAGGUACAGAGCUCUGAUUCUCUGUACUUCCUGCUCCUGGGCUGCUCUCUUUCCCAUGG